AUGGAACGCAAGGCCUUAAUAAACUUACAACAACUAACAGAGGUUAUUAUCAAACCAGCCGACAAGGGGGGCAAUAUAGUUCUUAUGAACAGGUCUGAAUAUGUCACCAUGUGCAUGGCACAUCUGAGUGACUCUACUCACUAUAAAACCCUUCCCUCUGACCCCACGAGUCUGUUUAUAGGUGAACUAGAGACACUCCUAAAUUACGCUUUGGUCAAACAGGUUAUUAAUCAAGACAAAUUCCGGUACUUGUUAACGCACAAAAAUCCUACCAUCGCAACAUUUUAUUGUCUGCCAAAGUUACACAAUGGCAUUCGUCCCCCUCCUGGCAGACCCAUUGUAUCUGGGAAUAACUGCCUUACCGAAGCCCUCAGUAAAUUUAUUGAGAAAAUUCUUCAUCCUAUGGUGCUUAAACUACCAUCCUACUUACAAGACACCAAAUCCACACUUCGAAAACUACAGGACAUGACAGUUCCACCUUAUACCCAGCUGGUCAGCGGAACACAAGUAAUCGAUGUUAUCGAGCAAGGAGCAGGGGCACACCCAGAUGGUCCCCAGAUUCCAGUUGCUUCUGAUAGUGAUUCAUUCUCCUCACCAGAUGAGGACAAGUUAGCCACUUUUGAGAAACAACUCGAAGAUGAGUACAAAGUUAAGAGCGAAGCAGAAAAGCUGAUAAAGGCGUAUUCUACCGACCGCUCCAAAGAUCAGAAACAUCUCAGUGAUGCUCAGAAAAUACUCCAUGACAGCAAAAGAAAAAUAGAAAUUUUGCGCAUGUUGAUUCUCCAACAUAAAGAAACACCUACAAUAAGUCCAUUGGAGAAACGCAUUGAGGAGUUGAGCCACCGAUUUGCGAUCGAGCGUGCCGUGGCUGAAGGAGCCAAACAUGCCAUCCAGAAAUUGGAUGGAAAGCCGCUUGUUGAGGCACAAUCAAUACUACAGGCGUCAAAUGAAAAGCUGGACCUCCUUAAAUAUUCCUUGCAGGAACGAGUGAAAGAACUUCCUGAUGGCCACCAUAGGAAGAGUAUAACCACCGAGGAACUGUCCCUUGGUUCAGUCAAAUCCAAGUCCAUAGCACUAACCGGUACUCUGAAAGUGCGAGUAAAGGGCUGUCACGGUAUUCUGGAGAAUGUACCUGGCAGACUAAAGGACCCGUCAGAUGUUCUCCCUGGCAGGAGUCCACGUCGAGGAAGAUUCUUAUUAAUGAACCGGAUCAGAAGAAACAACCGUGGCAGCAAUCAGAACAUCCAAGAGACUUUUGACUUUUCUAAAUACAGGAGAUUAGACUCCUUUGAUGAAAGCAAACCUCUAGAGCUUUGUGUAAAGCUAAUAGAUGAACCUUUAUAUUGUGAAGUCCGUACUCAGCUGAAGAUCGAUCAUAUUCCAGUGGGUUCAACAAGUUGGAAAACUGUUUCUAACCCAUCCUGGAAUAAGACAUUUAAACUGGAUUUAGAUAAGUCUCGGGAGCUAGAAAUAUCCUUAUAUUGGCAUGAUCAGAGAUCACUGUGUGCCACAAAGACUCUGAAGUUGGAAGAAUUCCUGUUGAACCCCAAACAGGAACUGUGUCUACAACUGGAACCACAGGGCACCCUUUUCAUCAAGGUGACGUUUUCCAGUCCUUUCACCCAGAAAAGGCCAAAGCUUCAAACAAUUAAGAAAUUAAUCUCCUCAAAACAAGAGGAGACCACCGAACCAGCUCCACUGGAGGAUGCAGCUAUUGAUGCUCAUUCGCUGCCAGAAUCGGAUACUGAGAGCGUGGAUUCAUCGGCGCCGGCUGUGGAUACUGAAACGGAAAAGACCAUCCAGCCAGCUCCAGAAGAAGAUGUUGUUACUGACAAUCCUAUAUUGCCAGUAGCCACUGAGAGCAUGCGCCCAUUAACACCUGAUGCUGAUACCAUUACAGAAGAGACCUUCCAACCACCUCCAGUGGAAGCUACAACUAUUGACAAUGUACCAGUAGUGGACACUGAGAAUGUGGAUUCAACACUACCAGCUAUCAACACCAUUAGUGAAGAAACUAUCCAACCACCUCCAGUGGAAGCUAGAAUUUUUGACAAUGCUCCACUGCCAGUAGCAGUAGAGGACUCUGUGAGCAUGGAACCAUUACCACCAGCUAUUGUAAGCUUGCUAGAAAUGACAAUCCAACCAGCUCUAGAAGUUGAUUUAGUUACUGACCCUACUCCAUUGCCAGUAAAGGACACGGACAGCGUGGAGCCAUCGGUGCCAGCUGUUGAUGAAAUUACAGAAAAGACAAUUCAACCAGCUCCAGAGGAGGAUGCAGCUAUUAAUCCUCAAUCACUACCAGUAGAGGACUCUGAGAGCAUGAAGCCAUUGCUGCCAGCUGACGAUGAAGAUACAGAAAAGACAAUCCAACCACCUCCAGAGGAGGAUGCAGCUAUUAAUCCUCAAUCACUACCAGUAGAGGACUCUGAGAGCAUGAAGCCAUUGCUGCCAGCUGACGAUGAAGAUACAGAAAAGAUAAUCCAACCAGCUCCAGAGCAGGCUGUAGUAAUUGACACGCCUCAAGUGUCAGCAGUGGACAAUAAGAAAGUGGAAUCAUCACCACCUGGUGCUGCUACUGAUAUGGAAAAAAACAUCCAAACAUCAACAGAGAAAGAUGCAGUUAUUGAUAUUGAUAACAUUGCAGAAGAAACCACUGGACCACCAAAGGGUUUAGUUCGUGACGCUGUUCCAUUGGCAGAAGCAGAUGUGGAAAAUCCAUCAUCAUCAGCUGGUAUUCAGCAAGGAGCUCGGCUGAGCAUUCAGGAUUUUGAUUGUCUCUGUGUGCUGGGAAGAGGAGCAUUUGGAAAGGUGGGUUAUGGUGUGAAUUCCACUUUCAAUAUAAAAGGUGUCAAGAUAAAUGCUAGGCUUAUAUGUGAAAAGGAAAUCCUACAGACUGUGAGCGAAGUACAGCAUCCUUUCCUUGUUAACAUGUUGGCAAGUUUCCAGACUCAGGGUCAUUUUUGUUUUUUAAUGGAGUAUGCCGCUGGUGGGGACUUAAUGACCGAUAUUAGGAACAACAACUUUCAGCCAUUUUCCACAACCAGAGCUGUGUUUUAUGCGGCGUGUUGUGUGCUCGGCCUGGAUUUCUUGCAUCAAAACGAUAUUGUUCACAGAGAUCUCAAAUUGGAAAACAUUGUAAUUGACAUAGAUGGAUUUGCCAUAAUUACAGACUUUGGUCUUAGUAAACAAGGGAUGGGAUAUGGAGAACAAGACAGAACAUAUUGUGGCACCCUGCAUUACAUGGCACCGGAAAUGGUUUGCGGUAAACCAUACACAACAUCUAUUGACUGGUGGAGUCUCGGUGCAGUUAUUUAUAUAAUGCUGUGUGGAAUGUAUCCCUUCUCAGGUAACAGAAGAGAGGUGAGGUAUAAUAUUGUGUAUUCAACGCCGCACUAUCCGAGGUUCCUGACUGCAGAAGCACGAUCAAUAUUAAGAAGUCUUUUGCAUAAAGAUCCCAAAGUCCGUCUAGGAGCCAGCGAGAAUGAUGCCUGGGAUCUGAAGAGCCACCCUUUUUUUAAACAAAUAGACUGGUUCGCAUUAUUGUUUAAGAGUGUCAGGCCGCCAUGCGUACCAUCCAUCGAGGGACCAGACGACGUCCGCUACUUUAAUAGAAUGUACACAUCAUGCGCCCCCAUUCUGACACCGCCAGGCGAGUCUGAGUCACUAUCUGAUGUAGAGCUGGAGCUAUUCAAAGAUUUUGACUGGGUUUCCGAUAGGAUUUAA